AUGAGAAGAAAAAAACUAAAAAGAAAAAACAUGAGUGUUGUAACAUGGAAAGAUACGCUAAAAUUCCUCCCCAUCGCCGCCGUUUUCACGGCGGCUUUAGCCUUUGCCGCUCUUUAUCUAACCAUCAACACCGCCCACAUUGUCAGCCCCGAAAACCUAGUUAUUUUCAAAGAACGUGAAAUGGUUACUAAAAAUGGCACUAUUUCAGGGUGUAAUUUGUUUGCUGGGAGAUGGGUUUACGACGACGUUUCGCGCCCUCUUUAUAAAGAGGGAAAGUGUAAACUAAUGGAAGAGGAUUUUGCCUGUGAAAAAUAUGGGAGAAAGAAUUUGAAAUAUCAAAAUUGGAGAUGGCAACCUCAUCAAUGCGAUCUUCCCAUGUUCAAUGGGACAGCAUUAUUGGAGAAAUUAAGGAAUAAAAAGGUUGUAUUCGUGGGAGAUUCCUUAAACAGAAACCAAUGGAGAUCCUUCCUUUGUCUGACUGUUCCACAUCUUCCACCCAAAAUUAUAUUGAAGGGAAACUAUUUGAAUUUUGAGGUGAAGGAUUACAAUGCGACGAUCUCAUUAUAUUGGUCGCCAUACCUCGUGGAAUCGAAUUUCGACAACACUUUAAAUCAUGGGGCAAAUGAUCAACGUACGAUACGGCUCAAGUCUAUAGAGAAGCAUGGCAGGAAUUGGAUGAAUGCAGAUAUACUUAUAUUCGACACAUUUGCGUGGUGGACCAUACCAAACACAACUAUUUUGUGGGGUUCAUUCAAUAGUUCUGAUGCAAUAUACAAACAAGUGCAGACAUCGGUGCGUCACUAUGAAAUUGCUCUAAACACUUGGUCAGAGUGGUUGGAAUUUCAAGUCGAUCGAAACAAAACCAAGAUUUUCUUCAUGAGCGCCUCGCCUUUUCGACUAGGGUUAACGACCUGGGGCACUAGUUCGAGCUGCUACAACGCGACGGAGCCAAUAUUUGACGAAACGUAUUGGCCAAAUGCUGUAAAACGCAGCUUAAUGGAGGUUGCGGAAUCAACUAUAGAGAAGCUUGAAGAAAGAGGAGUAAAAGUUCAAUAUUUGAAUAUAACUCAAUUAUCGAGUUAUAGAGAAGAUGCACAUCCAUCCAUAUAUAAGCAAUUUUGGAAAUCUAUAGAGAAACCCUUAGACCCUAAUAAAUAUUCCGAUUGUAUGCAUUGGUGUCUUCCCGGUGUGCCCGACACUUGGAAUGAGAUACUUUAUGCUUAUAUUAUGGAACUCUAGUUAAUAUUUUGUCUUAGACAAAAAAAAAUUUUGGUUGUCUCAUAAUAUUUGGAUUUUGUACUUGAGAAGUUGGAAAUUGAGGAACUUUGCUCCCAAUGUUUUCUUGCUAGGAUGCGUUUAACGCGGUUGUGAAUUUAUCUGAAGAA